CCAGACAAACCUGAAACACCUCCAGCCGAUAAAACAGCGAAAACUAUUUAGCCGUUUAAAAAUAUCUCCUACUUGUGUGAUACCUUCCAUCUAGUCCUGAUCCUAAUUCCAUUCCCCCUGCCGUUACAUUUUCUUUGUCUGGUUGACAACCAUCACGCCAACCCCGCCUCUGAUAACGCACCAAUUGCGCAGCGCAUCCCUAGAUCUUCUCCCUCCUGACUGCUUGACGGCCCUUAGCACAGUCCCUCGUCGCCGCAUAGAGGGACUCCAACGGCUGCUUACCACAGCCCACCAACGUUAUGACUCCCCAACCCCCAAGCAACCCGCGGCCACAAAUCCAGCCCUGUAGAUAUAAAACCGGUAAAACCCUUGGAGCCGGAUCGUACUCUGUGGUAAAAGAAUGCGUACAUAUUGACACCGGCCGGUAUUAUGCCGCGAAGGUUAUUAACAAACGAUUGAUGGCGGGGAGGGAACACAUGGUCCGGAAUGAAAUUGCCGUGCUCAAAAGAGUGUCGAUGGGACAUCAGAAUAUUCUGACGCUGGUGGAUUACUUUGAAACAAUGAACAACCUGUAUCUCGUCACCGAUCUUGCGCUUGGGGGAGAGCUAUUUGACAGAAUUUGCCGUAAGGGCAGUUACUACGAGUCCGAUGCAGCUGACCUGAUCCGCGCAACCCUUUCCGCCGUCGCGUAUCUUCAUGACCACGGGAUCGUACAUCGAGAUCUAAAACCUGAGAAUCUCCUGUUUCGCACACCAGAAGACAAUGCAGACCUACUAAUUGCAGACUUUGGCUUAUCGAGGAUCAUGGAUGAGGAACAGUUUCAUGUUCUAACCACCACCUGUGGCACCCCUGGCUAUAUGGCCCCAGAGAUCUUUAAAAAGACCGGCCAUGGGAAGCCUGUGGAUAUUUGGGCCAUCGGAGUAAUAACAUAUUUCCUCCUUUGCGGCUACACUCCAUUCGAUCGCGAGUCAAAUCUCGAAGAAAUGCAAGCCAUCCUCGUUGCGGAUUACUCAUUUACUCCCCUCGAGUAUUGGCGCGGAGUCUCCGUAACCGCCCGCGAGUUCAUCAAGCGCUGCCUCACAAUCGAUCCCAAGGCAAGAAUGACUGCACACGAAGCGCUUCAGCACCCCUGGAUUAACCCACCUACCGACCCCAUGGACCCAUCAUCGCCUAUGCGCAUGGGUUCUGGCGAGGAUCUCUUACCUGUCGUCAAGAAGAACUUCAAUGCAAGGCGCACGCUUCACAAAGCCAUCGAUACCGUGCGGGCAAUUAACAAGCUACGAGAAGGUGGUGGACUAAUGAUGGAGGGCGCCAUGAGUGUAGACCCCAAGCCAGAGCACGUUAAUGGGAGCAAUGUCGUCGAUGACAGCGGGCGACAACAGCCGGAUGGGGCGACGAGCGGUCAUCCUGGUGAUGAAGAUCUCAUGGAGAUUGAUAGUAGGGGCAACGCUAGGGGCCAAACUGAGGAACAGAUCCGGCAGCAGGAGCGUAAAGUAAAAGAGACGGUUACUGGAUUGUGGCAGUCGAGCUCAAAUCGCCGGUGAUCCUGCUGUAGAGAAUUUUAAAGAGGACCUUGUGGGAGAUACGUCUCUAUAUCUUUCGGCUCUGUUUUGCAUUUGUGAAUUCCCUUUCCAUCUCCGCGGUGAUUGGCCCUUUUCGGGCUCUUUUUCUUUUCGAAACUGAGGACUCUAGCGGAGUGACAGAAUGUUUUCUUAACUCCACGUACGUCCGGACUAAUAGCCUCGGAGAUGCACACAAAUCUCUUGUUCCCUUUUCUAGUCCAAUAGUUUUUCAUUCUGCUAUUUUUCUCCAGCUAACAUCACAGGUUUGAUGGUUGUGAAACAAUACACUUUUCUCUUCCCUCCUCAGAAUGGAGAAUAUAUACCAAUUGCAGUGCUUUUCUUAUGUGGCAUCCUCCCUUGGGAAUCAAUUUACAUCCUUGUUUUAUCCUGUCAAAUAUUUACUACUUAUUUGAGUGCAAAUUAUAUCAUUUACGGCACUGGGAUUAUGAGAAAAUAUAUACACUGAAGAUGAGUAAAUUGACCAAUGCCUAACCACGUAGCAAUUCAGUUC